AUGGCCACAAUCGAAGACAAACGAAGAUCUGUGCUGAUAACAGGAUGCUCCCCUGAUGGUAUAGGAAACUCCCUAGCCCGUGGGUUUCAUCGAAAUGGUCUCCGCGUGUUCGCUAUAGCCCGAGAGGCAAAGACGAUAGAAGAUCUUGCAUCUAUCGGCAUUGAGACGAGCGUCCGACAAUGCUUUGCGGAAGUGAAUGCAAAGCUCGGAGAGAAAGGACUAGAUUAUCUAGUCAUUAAUGCCGGCCGAAAUUAUACUGUUCCAGCUAUAGAGACUGAGCUCUCCGAAGUUCGUGCAACCUUCGAAACGAACUUGUUUGCGAUUAUAUCUAUCUGCAAGACAUUUUUGCCGCUUCUUAUGAGAGCCAAGGGAACUAUUGUACAGAUCGGAUCUGUCGCUGGGAUUGUUCCAUACGUUUUCGGUUCCGUAUACAACGCCUCGAAAGCCGCUCUACACUCAUUCAGAGAUUCCCUAUGCGUGAAGGCGGCUCCUUUCGGGGUGACUGUCACAACCGUCGUCACCGGGGGUGUACAAUCUCGUAUCGCCCGUAUCCAGCGAACUUUGGCACCCAACUCAAUUUAUGCGCCAAUUGGGGACGAAUAUAAUCGGCGCGUGACACAUAGCCAGGACGGUGCAAUGCCAAAUGCCGCAUACGCGCGCAGCGUGGUCACGCAGGUCCUGUAUGGAUCUGCACCGUGCCGCUGGAUUUCGCCUUGGGCGCAGGGUUGGAAGAGCUGGAUCUGGGAAGGUAACAAGAGCUGGGUAAUCUGGCUAUUUAUGGGAGGAUGGGCUUGGAGCGGCCUGACUGAAAGUAUUGUGACCAAAAUGUUCAAGCUCCACAGGCUGAGAAGAACCAGGUAA